AGGGCCCUCCGGAUCAGGGUCAGCUGAGACCAGCGCCCAGAGGCUUGGCCCCUGGGCCUGCACGGCCUGCGCUGGGAGGGCGCUACUGUGUGAGAGGCUGCUGGUUGACCCCGGGACAUGGAGGGGCCCCAGGGCCGUGGGGGUCGGAGUUCGGCCGCCAGCUCUGUGCAGAGGCUGAGCCGAAGGCAGGCGGGGGCUGGAGUGGGGAGGGUCCUGGGUGGGCUUGGAGCCCAGCGUGGCCGGUGCCCCUGUGAGUGGGCCUGGGCUGGGGGUGGGGACCCCACGUGGCUUCCUGGGCACUCAGGCUGGGCCCCUGGGCUGGAGUUAGCUGUGCCGUCCUUUGAGCACGGGGCCAGGAGAGGACCCAGCCCCCUUGUGCGGGCUCAUCCGACCUGCACGGUCUCUGGCUGGGCCUUAGUUUCCCUGGCCGGGUGCAGGGCAUGGGGCUGCUGUGACGGGCACUCGCUGAGGCUGUGGCUGUCCUGAGUCUGGAGCCUCCAGCGCAGAGGGGAGGGGACAGAGGGGGAAGCGAGCUGGGCCUGGGCCAGCCGCGUGUAAAUCCUGCAGUGGCCACGGAUCCGCCCCGCGGAGUUCAAAGCUGGCCCCGGGUGUGGCUGCUGGGCUGUAAUGAGGUUACUGAUUCAACCGGCUUCCUGGUGCUGCCGCGCAGAGCAGAGGGAGGCCUGGAGCCCCGGGACGGAUCUAAGUAGCCCGUAAUUGACCAAUUUAGCUUAAGUGUCCGUGCUGGCCCCGGGCAGAGGUCAGGUGGUGACAGCCCAGGUGGCCGGAGUCGCUGCGCUCACGGGCCCCUGAUGGACGGCUGCCUUCCGCCCCGCCUCGGGAGCGGGCACCAGUUGGGCAGCUGGCCCCGAGCCCCCGCCUGGGGUCCCCGUCCAGGUCCCUCCUUGCCCGUCUGUGGGCCCGUGUCCUCCAGAAGCUGCAUGCUGUCCCCGGUCAGCUCCAGCCAGGCCGUCCCCAGUCGCUCCCUCCUGUGUGUGUGCAGGGCGCGGGGCGGCGGGCGCUCUGGGCGGGGUGCUGGGCUUGGACGUGGGGUGACCGCGUGGCCUGGGAGAAACAGUGGAGGGCCACCCUGGAGAAUCCCGGCCGUGUGUCCAGAGCACCCACCUUGCCGGCCGUUUAGCCCUGAGAGGCCAGGCUGGGUAUUGGGGGCGCUGGGCGGUGGCGGCACGGUGGUGACCUGGCUGAACCGUCCCCCUCAAGCGCAGAGGCCCUGCGGUCCACGUUUUGGGGGGGUUUCAGUCUUGGGGAGCUUGAGAGACGUGCCCAAGGUGCCCUGGCUGAUGAGGGUCAGCGCUGGGGUCCGAGAGGUGGUGGGCAUCCCUCUUGGAGACUGCCCACUGUGCACCCCUGCGGCCCAGCUUUGUCUGGAGCAGCUUUGGGGUGCCCUCAGCGGCAGAGGAGGUGUGUCCUGGAGACACUUCCUGAUUGAGCUCUUGGGGGAUCGCCUGAGCCUGCUUGUGGUUGCCCCACCUGGGCGGGCGGGUGGUCGCGCCCACCCCACCUCCAGGGGUCAGGAGCGCCAGCGCCCCGCAGGGCUGCAGCCCAGGCCGGGUGGACAGUCCGGCUUGCUCUCUGGCCAGCUCGCUGCGUGUCCGGGCAGAUCCCGUCUCCCCUGCCGCGGUUUCCCUGGGGCCCUCUGGCUAAUGGAGUGUCGGCCUCUCGCCCUUGGCCUCCUUCCCUCGAGCUGGGGACUGCUCCUCAGGGAGUGGCCCCGGGUCCUCUCCCGGCUGAGGGGGCAGGCCCGGGGCUGUGGGAGCUGGGAAGUCGGCUGGGGUGGGCCGGACGGUCGGUCCCGGUGGGCCCAGCUGCCCAGCUGUGGUUCUCACCUGGGGUGUUCUGGUGAGGCGGUUUGGGGGUGAGCCCCGUGAGGGGGAGUCGUGAGCAUUGCAGAUGGAGGUUGGGCGGGGCCUGCGGGUUCUGUCGUGCCGGUCCGUGCCCUGUCCCCUGGCAUUCUCCUUGGGCCCCCAUCGCCCCCAUCGCUCGGGCCUCUGCUCAGUACCGUGUGACCCUCACGCCCCGUCCCCCGCACUCAGCGCCGCUCACUCUGCUUUCUGGCUUUCUCGUGUUCCAAGCUGGUCGGUGAGAACCAGUGUCAGCUCUGAGCGGGGAGGCCGUGUGUCCCUGGCCUGGCCGGGAACCUUUCCGGGUCUCCGUUGCCUCACCUGUCACUGCCUGGGGAAGUCAGGGAGGCUGCAAAGAGGAGGUGAUGUUGUUAGGCUUUAAGGGAUAAACUAGACUGCUGGGUGGGCAGUGGGUCAGGACCCACCCUGGGAGGUUUCAGAAGGGUCCGACGGCACAGCCAGGCUCCUCCGCUGGCCUCUGGUUGCGUGGCCCGUCUGUGCUGGCGAGGCUCCAAGUGAGCAUGGGGGGGGGGGGGUGUGUGGUCAUCUGCUCUGGGAAUAAUUAACCUUGGGAGGAGGGAGGGCCGGGAGUGGGCCUGGCCAGCACCUGGCAGAGCCCAGCCUGGCGGCAGGCAGCCCCUCUGGGCCCUUUCCUGCCGACCUGACGUCCCCUCUGCUGCUUGGGCCUGGGGCGUGCUGGUCUGGAACGUGCCCACGCUGGCCCUGC